AAAUUAAGUGGAGAAAGAAUAACUCAAAGCAAGAAAAAGAAUAUAAACUUACAUUACCAUACAAAAAGCUUGUCCAUAUCCCUUAUCUGUAACAAGCAAGACCAUUCUUUCAAGCUAUGGACAACUCCAGAAAUGGCUAUUCACAUGCUCCAAAUCAAUCUAAUAGAUAUGACUUAGAUACAAGAUCAUCGGGUUGGCGAAGAAGGCCUGCUUUCUCUGUACAAAACCCUUGGUCCAGGACUGGUUCGAUAGUUAAUAGGCGAUUUCUCGAUGAUCCUCCUUCUGCUUACCCAUCAACUGUAGAUUCAGUACCACCACCACCUACUACUACACAUCAGGUUCCAAUCCGAACCAGCAACAACGUGCGGAGGCAGCACCUAGAGGCACUAAGACAAGCCGUUCACAACCGACAUGAUAGUAGACCCGAGAGCAGCUCAAGAUCAGCAGCAGCAUCACAAGCCAAAGAAGAAGACAACGUUCUGAAAUAUCUAACAAAAGAGACAUACAACCCUGUCCCAAAAAGUCAGCUUCUCAGAAACCUCAGCUUAUACUACAAAAACAAGAACUCAGGCCUCGAAAGCUCGAGAAACCCUCAAGGUUACUCCGGAGGAGACGAGAAGAGAUGCUCAGUGUGUUUAGAAGACUUCGAGCCCAAGGAAACUGUGAUGCUCACUCCAUGCAAACAUAUGUUCCAUGAGGAAUGUAUAGUCCCAUGGUUGAAGAGCAAAGGUCAGUGUCCUGUCUGCAGAUUCAUCAUUCUCACGCCAACAAGACGAGAUCAUUCUCCAGGUAGUAGCCCUGAUAUCGCCGGAGACAUGACAGUGAACGAUCUCUUCACAUUACAGCUAAUCUCUAUGGUACAAGCAAUGGAGGAAACUUUCCUUUUUGGUUAUCAUCAUCGCCAUUGAAUCAUAACUUUGACAUCUCUAUCUUUGUUGUACCUUUAACUAACUCAAAUAAAUAAUACUCCAUCUAAAAAACAGCAAA